CAGGCGGCCGGCGGCUGGGCUAGUGCACUAGAAGAAACUGGGUUGUUUCAUUGAGGGAUUUCUUAGUCAUGGAGCAGACUGAAAUGCAGAAACCGCCGAACUUGGCUGAUUUAAUCCGGGUUUUGCACCAAAUUUUUGCGAGGGACAAGAUUAACGUGGACGAGGUGCAGAAUCUGCUGGAAUCGUACAAGAGUGACCCUCGCGAAUGGCUCAAGUAUGCCAAGUUUGACCAGUACAGGUACACAAGGAACCUUGUUGAUGAAGGAAAUGGAAAGUUUAAUUUGAUGAUACUGUGCUGGGGUGAAGGCCAUGGCAGCAGUAUCCAUGAUCAUGCUGAUUCCCACUGCUUCUUAAAAAUGCUUCAGGGACAGUUGAAAGAAACUCUCUUUAACUGGCCUGAUAGUGAGAAAAAAGAGCUGACCAAGAAAUCUCAGGCAAUCCUACAAGAAAAUCAGUGUACCUACAUCAGUGAUUCAAUUGGGUUGCACAGAGUUGAAAAUGUGAGUCACACAGAAGUAGCAGUCAGCCUUCACUUGUAUAGUCCUCCUUUUGACUCUUGCAACUGCUUUGAUCAAAGAACUGGAUAUAAAAAGAGAGUGAGAGUUACUUUUUCAAGCAAGUAUGGAGAAAUAACUCCCCAUGCAAAGACAGAUUUUCAAGAGAACAAUUGAUCAAUUCAUCAACUACCAGGCCUGCUCAGUGGAAUUUCUGAAUGUGCCCAUGUAAUGUUGCGAUCCAUAUGAAGCUGUUGAUGACCUUCUUUGGCUUCAGCCUUUUUAAUGAGGGUGGGGGGAGGAGAGGAAGAAGGAAAAACAUGUAAUUCUGAUAUGAUCAAUAUCUUUCCCUGCAUUCCAAUGUUAAUAGUUAAUCAGAUUCUAAAGUGAAGAUUAAAUAAACAUAACUUUUUUAUAGAAGCAGUCUUAGUAAUUUGCUUUUCAGCAUGGGGGUGGUGGAGUUUAAUGUUAUCAAAAUGAGUGUUUCAAUGAUUUUGUACACUUGUAACAGAAUAUGCUAAUGCUGCAUAAAGACUUUGUUUCUUUUUAAUGCAAACUGAAUUUCCUAGUAUUUACCACAUUCUGAAAUAAAAUGCCAGUAUUGUUCCUUCCAUUGGAAUUUUGGGGACUGUUUGGUUAGCUUGCAUAACUUUUUAAUCACAUUGCAAUAUGUAAUAUAUCUUCCUACAAGAAGACAGCUGUAAAUGUACUAAUUUUAUUACAAACCUGUUUGCUUGAAACCUCACUUUCACCUAACAAUGUCUAAAGUAACUUUUUUGUAUAUAUUUUGAAAAAGCUUUUUAGUUUUUAGCUUUUGUCAAAUUCCUGUAUAUUAAGUGCCUUUAGUUUAUAUAGGUAAUGAAAAUAGUAGUUAUUCAUUUUGGUAUGAUUAAGUGGUACAUAAUGGUGUGUGUGUGUGUGUAUAUACCCCACUAAAUAAAAGCUUCCUCAAAAAUCCCCCAUUGGUUACCUAAGAAAUUCAUUGGAGCACCCUAUACAAAUGAAUUUAAAGUAAAUGGGCCUAUUUCAAGGGAAAGGAAUAUGGUGGGUAGGUUGUUUUAAUCUCUAGGCAUUGAGGAAAAUGGACCCUUUUGUAAUAGUGCAAAAUCAUUUUUUCCUGUUGCUGAAUGCAGAAUAAAUGUUUUCAAUCUGAA